CAAAGCGCUACCAUCUAAGGCUUCCGGCUUUAUUAAAAACUACCGCACUUAAGAUUUGAACCCACGACCAUUGAGUUGAAAGUCGAGUAUCGGGUAUAGAUUUAAUAUAUGGAUAUAUGCACGUAUGCAGCUUAUAUAAACUUCAAGAAAUUCCUCUUUUAUCCGCACGUUUUCCCUCGGCCAUUAAAUUCAAUAAAAUGGAAUGACAGCAACUAAAGGAUAAAGCCUAUCUGAAAGUUAAAACACAGGAAGGAACAAUUUGAUUGUUUUUAAAAUAAUUUCAAUGAAUGAAAUAUUUGGAGCAAAACGCUUUAUAUUCAACAGCAAGCCAAAUGACACCGGUGUCUCUUUAACAAAUGAAUACGCGGUUCCUUGUGUUAAAAAGAAAGAAAAAGACUAACAGAAGAAUAGGUAGUAUAUCCGCAGUAGGAGAUCCUAUUAAGUUACUUUAAAAGCGAACGUAGUCAAGAUAUUUGGGAGGGAGCGUGAUAAGUGUAUUAGCAUUAGCAUGUAUGAGCAUGCAUUGUAAUUAACAUAUUAUGAGUAGCAAGACUUUCGUGAGAGAACUAUACUGUUCACCAUGUAAUAUGUGGAUCGACUUGCGGCUAUGGUUCGGCGUUACGAUCUUGUUUGAACAAAGGAGGAAGUGCAUUAUUUCAAUCGUUUAUCAAAAAUGCUGGUAAACAUAUUGAUUUUUAAUAAUUUCUAGAUGGAAAGAAAAAUGACAAAAUAAGUUAAAUAAGAUUUAAAAUCAAAAGAGACGAACGUCAAAAGCACAAAAGGCCGCAACGCCAGCAAAGCAGAACGUCGGAACGCCAGAACGCUUCCUUAAUUAAUACAAAAGAAAAGAUAGAGAGUGUGUGAGAGAGAGAGAGAGAGAGAGAGAGAGAUAGAGAUAGACAGAUUAAGAGAGGGAGAGAAAAGGAAAGAAUAAACAUAUUCCUUGUUAAACACAGAACGCAGCACAGAGCUUGUGUAAAACAUGGAAAUUGCAUUUGUGCGAUGGAAUAAUUAAUCAAACUUCUGCAAACACAAGUUAUGAACACAACGCUCAACAACGGCAACAGAAAACUAUGCCAAGAAACUUUAAAGCCGAGACACGAGUAAUCCAUUGAGAAAUUUGGGUGACGGCAGAAGAAAAACAGCUUAUCCAACUGCAGCAACAAUAUUAAUAUCCUUGAAGUAAACGAAAAUCGAAACGAAAAAAAAUUAAAAAAAAAAAACGGAAAAUUGGAAUCAUUAUGAAAAAUAAAUGCCUCGAAAAUAACUGGCAAUGAUCUUUAUGUAAUCAUCAUAUUCAACAUAUGAAGCGAACUGUCAGCGACUCUGCAUGUCGUCAAAGUGAUAUCGAAAAAAAAAAUAUGACGUUAAGUGAAAUCAUGAUUCCAGAAAAAAAUCAUGCAACAAAAAUAUGCCUUAUGGCAGGCAAAGGUCAGUCGCAAGGCAAUAGCUUAAAAACGAAAAAAGCCUCGAUGCUUAAACAGCAGGCGUCACUGCAAGCGCUUGUGACAGCAACUCCUGCAGUUUUACAGGCAAUUGCAGAUAUUGGGCCAAAAGAUAAACAAUUGCAGCAGCAAUAUCGCCCGCAACAGAAGUUACAACUACAAGUAAAACGAAAACACUCGCAUUCUGCAGUAACGGCGCCUUCACGAAAUUCAAUAAUGACUAAAACUGCAUUAACUUCGCCAGCAUCAACGCAAACUCUAGCACAGUCUUUUCCCUUGAUGGCUAGAGAAAAAAGUAGCAUAGAAUUAUCGCCGCCGUUAUCGUUAUCUCUAUCAUUUUCGUCAUCAUCAUCAUCGUCGUCAUCAUCGUCACCAUUAUCAGGAUUGCCGGUAACAUUAUUGCCAUCAGAGAACAGAGAAACAGUUUCAUCUGCAACACUUAAUACAAUUGCUGGAAAAAAUUUAACAAACAACAAAGCUCAACGUGCCAGCAGAGUUUGUUUAAGCUCAAAGUGCAGCUUCAAACACAAAUGUAUGCAAAACCAACAGCAAAGCAAACCAAAUAAUAUUAUAGCAAACUAUGCCAGCAGCAGGAACGACAUUAGCUGUAACGAGACCACCAUCGGCUGUUCAACAAAAUCAACAUUUCCAAAUAUGAAAGGACGACUUUCUCUUCAUUUUCACAAAGCACAUUUGGAAUACAUACUACGCCUCCUGAUAGUAUGUUUGAUGUUUGUUAUGUCAAUGCAACUUCAUACAGCCACUGUCUCUGCUAGUGUUUUAAAUAAACACGAACCAAUGUUCAUCUCGCGGUCGGAAACUUUUAAAUUUGUAUCUGGUGAUACUAUAGUGUUACCAUGCGAAGUAGCAAAUACUGAUCCGUACGUUGUUGCUUGGAAACGCGGCAUCGCCAUAUUAACAGCUGGCUCUGUUAAGGUUACACCCGAUCCACGUGUACGUUUAGUUAACGGUUUUAAUCUACAAAUACGUGAUGCCGUACCACAGGAUGCCGGCGAUUAUAUUUGUCAAAUAGCAACAAUGGAACCACGUGAAAUCACUCACACAGUCGAAAUAUUAGUGCCACCGAGAAUUCAUCAUAUUAGCACAAGCGGCCAUUUGCAAGUCAAAAAAGGGUCUUCUGUACGUAUCGAGUGUUCAGCAUCCGGCAAUCCAACCCCGAACGUGACCUGGAGUCGUAAAAACAACAUUUUGCCUAAUGGCGAAGAAAAACUGCAUUCACACAUACUUUCCAUUGAGAAUGUGGAUCGCCAUAAGGGAGGUGUUUACAUAUGUACGGCUAACAACGGUGUUGGGCAGGCGGCUUCUAGUCAAGUUGUCCUACACGUUCUAUAUCCGCCUGAAAUAACUGUCGAGCGACCAAUAGUAUUUUCUGGUGAAGGUCAUGAGGCCAUGUUAGUAUGCAUCGUUCAUGGCGAAACUCAACCAGAGGUCAUUUGGUUUAAAGAUACCAUGCAAUUGGAUACGACAGAGCGUCACAUCAUGGAGAGUCGUGGUUCACGUCACACUUUGAUUAUACGCAAAGUGCAUCCACAAGAUUUUGGCAAUUAUUCGUGUGUGGCUGAGAAUCAACUUGGCAAGUCACGUAAAACCUUACAGUUGAGCGGUAAACCGAACGUGGCCGUAUUCAGCUCACCGCCAAUCAGUCAGUACAAGGACAGAUAUAAUAUUUCGUGGACUGUUGACUCGCAUACACCUAUUGAGGAGUACAAACUAUCGUUCCGAAGGUUACAACAAGGACAAGAGCUUGAUAACUCCAUCGACUCGCAUUCAUCGUCAAUGCUGCAAAUGUAUGGUGGCAGCAUGGGCGGUGGCAUAGUAAUGGGUAAUAAUCAUAAUUAUCGCCUAUCAGGAGGCAUGAGUAGCUUGGGAAGCUUUGGCACCUAUAAUAGCGUUGGCAACGUAGUUCAGUGGGGCCGUAACGAUUGGCGUGAUGUUGUUCUUCCCGCAAUGCCGUUAUCUCAUCAUUAUACUCAGGGCAUGAGUUACAUGAUACGCGGUUUAGAUCCCGAUCAACACUACGAGGCUACCGUUCAAGCUAGGAAUCGCUACGGCUGGAGUGAUCAUAGUCAAAGUUUCGUAUUUUCAACGUCAUCGAAUGAUGGUCUAACUAAUCUAUCAACCUAUUUAAAUAACGAUCACUUGUCAGAUAACGAAAUGCGUGACUUGAGUGUAACAUUUUAUGGAAGCACAGCACCUGUGAUCGAUAUCACGAAAACUCUUAACUACUUCAGCAUCGUAUUGAUAUACAUCUACAAUAACAGCAUAUAAAAUACUUAGCGUUCUAAAAAAGAAUAAGUAAUCCAGUAAAAAAAAAAAAAAUUACAUUUUAUUUAGACUGAAUCCUUUGAUAUCAGAUAUUUGUUUGUUUCUGUGUUUUUUCCCAAUUAAGAAAUACAUUGCAAAGCCGAAGAAAAGCUUUGAUUGUAAAACAUAUCCGUUUCCAAACUAUGACGACAUUAUUAACCUAUGAUUUCGCGAUUCGAGCUAAUUAAAUUUGUCAAUGAAUGUACCACGUGGUAAAGUGAAUGUAUUCGCCAAUAGAGAGUAAAAGAAAACCGCCUUGUUUUAUAUAAUUUUUUCUUUCUGAUACCUUUUAAUUUGAAAGCAGACGACAAUUAAAUAAAUCACUCUUAAUGAUACAAUAUUUUGAAGCAAAUUGCUUGCUAUUUACGACAUGAGAGUUUCAUAGGAAACGACGAAAAGUCAAAGGCCUAUAGAAUACAGACGAGUUUUCUCCAAAUCGCGAUAUUUCUUCUUGGUCUUGAUGCACGAUAAAACAUUGUUCUAUCAGAUCACCCAAAAGUUCUUUGAAUCCUAUUUUGCUUUUGAAGUUAAUCACAAACGAUCAGCUGAAGAGAAUCAGUAAAACGAUUCCGUAAAAUCUUAAGCAAAAAAAUUUGUUUUACUUAACACCGUAAAGUAAAUUGAUUAAGAGACUUUAAUUAGCUUCUGUUCCUUUCGCAAAGAACUUCUGCAGAGAUCUUUUCACAGCCAUCACAGUUACGUUAGGUAAGCCCGCCGUUUUAAUAGUAGUUCUAUAUAGACGAAAACGGUCUUCUAAUCUAAUCUAAGACAUUUUCCAGAGUCUUAUGACUAAAACUUGGCAAACUAUUCUCUCGGUAUUUGCAUUGCCUGCAACUACUACUUUGUAAAUCUCUGGCUCAUAUUCCCAUGAAAUUUGAUUAAUUAAAACAUCUCCGAUAACUUAUGUCUUAAUUGAAGCAAUUUGAAAGAAAACUACGUGUUUGUGAGACGUAUGGGUUUUUUUUUUGAAUUUUUUGUUAAUGACUAAGAAACGGUAUUCAAAUAAAACUUCUUUGGUAACUAAACGUUAAGUAUAUGUAAAUAGAUGAAAAUGACGCUAAUGAUAUUAAGGAACAACCCUAGAUAGAAAUGUUUAUAUAUGUUUACCGAAACACCUCAGCAUGUGUAAGAACAGAUUGGUUAAAUAACUUAACGAUCGAUGAUUACAGUUACAAACAUAUGUACAUAUAUUGAAUAUAUUGAAAAAAAAAAAAGAAAGAAAGAAAAAAAAUCAAAUUUCACAUAUAAAAUUUUGGUCUCUCUCUCCCUUUCUCGCUCUCCUCCUUCACAUGUCUCGUGCAGAGUCAUUCAUUUUGAUUCGUUCAAAAUA